AUGUCGGGCCUAGAAGUGAUCGGUGGUAUCUCUGCGAUCAUUACUCUCCUCGAUACCUCGAUCAAGUUCUACGAUAGUACUCGGAAUGAUGUCAAGUUACCUGAGACUUUCGAAUCCGUUCGAAACCGACUGCCCGUUCUCCUCCACAUCCUUCAGACAUGCCAGAACGACCUAGAACCGGGCAAAGACUCUAUGCCGUCAGACGUUUGUGACGCCCUAGAGAACAUCCUUGAUUCUUGCAGUGAAAAGGUUCGAAAAUUGAGAGAAAUAUUUGAAAUAGUCAUACCUGGUGAAAAAGAUACAUGGGAGAAACGAUACACGAAAGUCAUUCGCAGACUUGGAAAAGGCAACAAAGUCGAAGAACUUAUGACUACACUCACUCAAGAUGUUCAACUUAUCGUCAAUCACAAUGCGGUAAAUUCUGCUACACCGGGACAAAAUGCCGAGCUUGAAGAUAUUCUCAAAGAGAUGAAAUCUGUCAAGAUCUCGACUCCUGGCGAAGAACAUACGGCCUUAGCUUUUAACAGCGGUGGAGGAGCCCAGACCAACAAUGUCAACAGUGGCAGUGGUCAGCAAAUCAACAACAAUGCUCAUGUCGGAACCCAGAAUUUCCAAUCCGUGACCUUCAAGCACAAAGAAGACUUUAGUUUUCGGGGACCCGUUGGCGUCCAUCUCGGUCAAGUGCGUUCCAUCACCUCUGAACUCUUCGUCGGUCGUGGCAACGAGCUUGAUGAGAUCGGGAAAGCUCUACAUCCUGUUCCUAAGGCUCAAAAACAACGGCGCCUAGUUCUAGGCGGUAUGGGUGGUAUUGGCAAGACUCAGCUUGCGAUCGCCUACGCAGAGUCCGGCCGUGGAUCUUAUACCUCAGUGUUCUGGCUGAAUGCAGUGUCUGAAGCCGCACUGAAAGACAGUUAUCGAUUGAUAGCCAGCAUUAUCUUCAAUGUUGAGGAGCCGGGGGUGCUAGAGGACAAAGAGAUCGUCAGACGUGUACACCAAUGGCUAUCUACCCCAAAGAAUACUGGAUGGCUGUUGAUAUUUGAUAACUACGAUGACCCCGACCAGUUUCGGAUUGACAACUAUUACCCCCCAGCUUCUCAUGGAGCUAUUAUGGUCACCUCUCGACGACCAGAUCUCGUUGCUGGCAGCUCUCUUGACAUAAAACCGUUCCAGAAUAUAGAGGAUAGCCUCGCCAUCCUACAAACCCGAUCAAAACGAGAGAAUAUUCAAUCAGAUCCUAAUGCAAAGCGCCUCGCAGAACGACUAGCGGGUCUUCCUCUCGCUUUGGCCACCGCCGGGACAUACCUUCAGCGCAAAAAAGGCUUCACUUUCGAACGCUACCUUUACGAGUACGAGAAACGCUGGAACAUUGACCCCCGCCGACCUACCAAGCUCAACGAGUAUGAGGAGCGUACACUCUACACGACCUGGGAUAUAUCAUACGCUCGCCUAGAGAAGGAAGAGCCGGACGCGGCGAAAAUACUGAAGCUACUGGCCUACUUCGAUAACCAGAGUCUUUGGUACGAGCUUUUUCAUGCCGGACUCACCGAUAGUUCUCCUGAGUGGCUUCAUGAAGUGAUCACAGAUGACGUGAAUUUCAAUGGAGUAAUGGGGGUCCUGGCCGAAUACUAUUUCCUGGAUACUCAACAGACGUCUGGGUCAUGGAGCAUGCAUAACUGCGUGCACGACUGGACUUUAGCGGUACUCAACAAGGCCAUUGAUGAAAAGGAUUACUGGUAUGUUUUUGACUGCAUUUCUGCGUCUCUAAAAGAUGACAACGCGGAUGACCUUGCAAACCUCUCUUACUCCCCCUUGGCUGCUCAUGCCACGAGACUAGUACAAGAGCGCUUGUGCACGAACGAGGUGAUAUUUAAUCUUACGCCUCGUCGACUCGACCAAGCUUCACUGAUUUCAAACCUACUGCGAAACCAAGUACUUCUUCUUGCUGCGGAGCAGAUGUACCAGCGGGUGCUAGCUGGGUACGAGAAAGCGCUCGGACCGGACCACACGUCGACCCUACGCACCGUCCACAAUCUCGGGGUUCUAUAUCGUGCCCAAGGCAAGCUAGACCAGGCCGACCAGAUGUACCAUCGGGCGCUAGCUGGGAAGGAGAAAGCGCUCGGACCGGACCAUACGUCGACCCUCAACACUGUCCAUAAUCUCGGGAUUCUAUAUUGGAACCAAGGCAAGCUAGACCAGGCCGACCAGAUGUACCAGCGGGCGCUAGCUGGGAAGGAGAAAGUGCUCGGAGCGGACCACACGUCGACCCUAGACACCGUCCACAAUCUCGGGGUUCUAUAUCGUGCCCAAGACAAGCUGGAUCAGGCCGAGCAGAUGUACCAGCGGGCGCUAGCUGGGAAGGAGAAAGCGCUCGGAGCGGACCACACGUCGACCCUAGACAUUGUCAAUAAUAUCGGGAUUCUAUAUUGGAACCAAGGCAAGCUAGACCAGGCCGAGCAGAUGUACCAGCGGGCACUAGCUGGGUACGAGAAAGCGCUCGGACCGGACCAUACGUCGACCCUCAACACUGUCGACAAUAUCGGGACUCUAUAUCGGGACCAAGGCAAGCUAGACCAAGCCGAGCAGAUGUACCAGCGGGCACUAGCUGGGUACGAGAAAGCGCUCGGACCGGACCAUACAUUGACCCUUAACACUGUCGACAAUAUCGGGACUCUAUAUCAGGACCAAGGCAAGCUAGACCAGGCCGAGCAGAUGUACCAGCGGGCACUAGCUGGGAAGGAGAAAGCGCUCGGACCGGACAACACGUCGACUCUCGAGACUGUCGACAAUAUCGGGACUCUAUAUUGGAACCAAGACAAGCUAGACCAGGCCGAGCAGAUGUACCAGCGGGCGCUAGCUGGGAAGGAGAAAGCGCUCGGACCGGACAACACGUCGACUCUCGAGACUGUCAAUAAUCUCGGGAUUCUAUAUUGGAACCAAGGCAAGCUAGACCAGGCCGAGCAGAUGUACCAGCGGGCACUAGCUGGGUACGAGAAAGCGCUCGGACCGGACCAUACAUUGACCCUUAACACUGUCGACAAUAUCGGGACUCUAUAUCAGGACCAAGGCAAGCUGGACCAGGCGGAGCAGAUGCAUCACCGGGCGAGGCUAAGGAAGGAGACGAGGAAUACCGCUAAUUGCUUCUGUAAAUAA